GUGAAUAUUAUUGCUGGCCUGUUUUCUCUUCCUUAUCUUCUCCAGUUCCCCCUCUGUGCCUCCAUUCUUGAAGCUCGCGCCCCUCUUCACGAGCACUUCUUCUUCCCUCACAAACCCCAAAAACACAUAAAUAAAAUAAAAACAGUCCCUAAAAAUCUGAAACCUUUGAUGCAAAAAACCAAGCAAAAAUAUCAGACUUUUACCUUUCAAACUCCCCCAUUGAUGCAAAAUUUUCUUGCUUCUCAAAAUCCAGCACUUGUCAUUCUUACCCAAUCUUGAAAAAAAGAACCCCAUCUCUUAAAAGAUGAAGAGAGAUCGAGAUCGAGAUAGAGAAAGAGAGAAAAAAGCAUUCUCUAAUGGUGGUGUUUCUUCAGGUAAAAGUAAGAUUUGGGAAGAAGAUGAAGAAGAAAAACCAGAUGCUGGAAUGGAUGAGCUUUUAGCUGUUUUGGGUUAUAAAGUGAAGUCAUCUGAUAUGGCGGAUGUUGCUCAAAAACUUGAACAGCUUGAGAUGGCUAUGGGUACAACGAUGGAAGAUGGUAUUACCCAUCUUUCUACUGAUACGGUUCAUAAAAAUCCAUCUGAUAUGGCUGGUUGGGUUCAAAGUAUGUUAUCUUCGAUUUCGACAAACUUUGAUAUGUGUAAUCAAGAAAACGAUGUACUUGUAUCUGGUUGUGGUUCUUCUUCUUCGAUAAUCGAUUUCUCACAAAAUCAUCGAACAACAACCAUUUCUGAUGAUGAUUUAAGAGCUAUACCUGGUGGUGCUGUUUUCAAUUCAGAUAGUAAUAAAAGACACAGAUCAACAACUUCUAGUUUUUCAACUACAUCCUCUUCUAUGGCAACAGAUUCAUCAGCAACUAGACCUGUUGUACUAGUUGAUUCACAAGAAACUGGGGUUCGUCUUGUUCAUACUUUAAUGGCGUGUGCUGAAGCUGUACAACAAGAAAAUUUAACUUUAGCGGAUCAACUUGUUAGACAUAUUGGUAUUCUUGCGGUUUCACAAUCUGGUGCUAUGAGAAAAGUUGCUACUUACUUUGCUGAAGCAUUAGCAAGAAGAAUCUACAAAAUUUAUCCACAAGAUUCAAUUGAAUCAUCAUAUACAGAUGUUUUACAAAUGCAUUUCUAUGAAACUUGCCCGUAUCUCAAAUUCGCUCAUUUUACUGCUAAUCAAGCCAUUCUUGAAGCGUUUACAGGUUGUAACAAAGUUCAUGUAAUUGAUUUCAGCUUAAAACAGGGUAUGCAAUGGCCUGCACUUAUGCAAGCUUUAGCUUUACGCCCCGGUGGACCUCCGGCAUUUAGACUCACCGGAAUUGGACCUCCACAACCGGAUAACACAGAUGCCUUGCAACAAGUUGGGUGGAAGUUAGCUCAGUUAGCUGAAACUAUUGGGGUUGAAUUUGAAUUCAGGGGAUUUGUUGCUAAUUCAUUAGCAGAUCUUGAUGCGACUAUACUUGAUAUAAGGCCAACUGAAACUGAAGCAGUGGCUAUAAACUCUGUUUUUGAGCUUCAUCGAUUGUUAUCCCGGCCGGGAGCAAUCGAAAAAGUGUUGAAUUCAAUUAAACAGAUUAACCCGAAGAUUGUUACUCUUGUCGAGCAAGAAGCGAAUCAUAACGCAGGGGUUUUUAUUGAUAGAUUUAACGAAGCUUUGCAUUAUUACUCAACCAUGUUUGAUUCGUUAGAAAGCUCUGGGUCUUCGUCUUCAGCUUCACCAACUGGGAUUCUUCCUCAACCUCCGGUGAACAAUCAAGAUUUGGUGAUGUCGGAGGUUUAUUUAGGGAGACAGAUUUGUAACGUGGUGGCUUGUGAAGGUUCAGAUCGAGUUGAACGACAUGAAACACUGAAUCAAUGGAGGGUUAGGAUGAACUCAUCUGGGUUCGAUCCGGUUCAUCUGGGUUCAAAUGCGUUCAAACAAGCUUCCAUGCUUUUAGCUCUGUUCGCCGGCGGCGAUGGUUACAGGGUGGAAGAAAACGAUGGGUGUCUUAUGUUGGGGUGGCAUACACGGCCACUUAUAGCUACCUCCGCCUGGAAGCUCUCGCCGGACUCCGUCACCGGCGCCGGAGAAGUCGAGUUGUAAAACUCGGGUG